GCGUGACAGGUAGUUGGCACGUAGUGGACACGUACGAUCGCUGGAAGUCGAUGCCAUUAUUUGAUAUUACGAGUGAGGGCAAGGAGAGAGGCAAUAUGUUGACACCGAAUAGAGGGGAUGGAGCAGGGAGCAGUAGUGGCAAUAGGGGCUGCUUCAACUGUGGGCAAACUGGCCAUUUCGCCAGAGAUUGCCCCGCUGGGAAUAACUCAGGCACGCCACAGCCGCAACAGCAGCCGGGCUUGUUUGCAAAUAACACAAGGUACUGGCAGAACAGGCGUGAGCUUGAAGACGACGUUAAGACUAUGAAGGAAUGGAUGAGGAUGAAGCUGAGGAAGGAGCAAGAGAAGAUGGAUAAGAGGCAAGAAGAAGAAGAAAAGGCAAGGAGAGACGAGGAACAGAGAAGGCUCCGGCAGGAACAAGAGCGAAGGCAGGCAGAGCUUAGGAGACUCAACGAGGAAACUGAGCUACGGAUCAUCUCUACGGUAGCAAGGGAGAUGCAUCACUUCAGAGCGGAGAUACGCAGCGACAUACAUACAGCGCUGACAGCCAGAUCGAAGACCUCCAAAGAGAAGGGGAAGGGAAAGGUGAAGUCAUCGGAUGAUCAUGCUGCAGAUGAGCUUCUGAAGUAUUUGCAGGGGGAGAUCGCUGAGUGCUCUCGGGAUGGAGAGGAGCGAGAAAGGUGGUUCUUCACGCGUAAGAACAGAGGACAGAGAACAGCAAGAAGGCUAGGGUCACCGGAGGAGAAUGACGAUGGGGGGGAGGUGACGCCGAGACCGGAGAAGCAAUGUGCAAGCACAAAGGGACAAGGAACGGACAAGAAAGUACCGGCAACCUGCAGCAAGGAAGGAGUGAUAGAGUAUGUACUCAACGUUAGGAAAAAACUCUCAGAGAUGAUGGCACAAGAGAUCAAGAAGCUCUGCGUGAAGUAGGGACUUGAGUACGUCAACAAAGAGCAAGGUGUCAG